AUGUCCUUUGACUUUGGUGACUCCGACCUCUCAGAUCUCACGAGCUCAUCUGAGGAUGAGUACGUGCCACUGGCACAAUUGACAAAAAGGAAAACAAAGACCAAGAAACUCCAGGAUAAAAGCGGCUACACUAUCACUGGAGCUCUUCGACCUCCUCGAACCGCGCAGUACACAGCGAGGUCUCUGCAUGAGCAAAUCGUGGAGGGAACGAUCAACCUAGAUCCUGACUAUCAACGCGAUGUGGUCUGGAAGGAGGAGAAGCAGAUUGGCCUGGUGGACUCGAUCUUCCGGAAUUACUAUAUACCGCCCGUGAUCUUUGCCGUCAAGAAUUCAGAUGAUGGCACCGAGGAACGUGUGUGCAUUGACGGAAAGCAGAGGCUGACUUCAAUUCAACGGUGCGUAUCCCAUAGACCUUCACUAUUGUCUGGUGCGAGGUAUUGGUACAAGUCAAUCGGCUCCGGUAAACGGACACUUCUCCCCGCAUCGACCGCCAGCCAGUUCGCCAACAAACAGAUUGUAUGUAUGGAAUAUCACGAUCUCACGGGAGACCAAGAACGUGAGAUCUUCCAGCGGGUACAACUCGGCGUAGCUCUUACUCCUGCAGAGCGGAUGGCAGCAAUCACAGGCCCUUGGCCGACUUUCAUCCGGGAAAUUGAAACUCAAAUCCUUGGAGAAGAGGACGGUUUUGGCGAUGCUCUCGACUGGGGUCAAUCGCGCGGACGGGAUUUCCAAGGAAUCGCAGCAGUUGUGUUCGUUAUCGACAGGCACCCAGCAUUUGCAGUGCCCGUUUCACCCGGGCUCGACAAAUGGCUCACACAAACACUCGCUGUCCCAAAGAAGCUGCGCUCCGAUGUGUUGGACACGUUCCAACUUUAUCUCCUACUCACAAAGGACAGCCGAUACAAUGCACCAUUCCAGACUCCGCAGCGCAUAUCACCGGUCGAAUUCAUCAUGAUAGGGCUCCUCAUAUAUGUUCACCGCCAGACCCUAUCAUUGACGCAGCUAUCGCUCGCCGUCGAGGCCAUGAGAGCAGAUAUUCGGGGCAAGGAAAAGGACAUCCGCACGAACAAGCGCGUUGCGCAAGUCAUGUUCAAGUUCAUCAACGAAGAAAUACCA